AGGUCUCACCAACAUCCAGCUGCAUGGAGUCGGACUGGAACGCAUCGAGGAGCUCACUGGUGCGUUCGCUGUCCAGGGGCUCGGGGAAGUGUGAUGAGGCGUAAUCCAUCCCGGCCAACGGGGCCGCGGCGACGGCGGCACUACUUCGGUUGUCUGGGCUUCCCGCCGCUGUUGUGUAGGGGCUCUCCGCAGCGGACGAAGGGGCGAGGCUACCGCUGCUCUCUCGCUCGCUACUCUCCCAGCGGGCCCCGAUCGUCGAUCCAUGCCGAGCCCGUCGAGGAUCGGGGACCUCGGGCUCUCGGGCUUCAAUGCGGGGGGGGCCUGACUCGGGCUGAGGCCGGCUUUUCUGUCGCGGCCGACCGAACCGCUGGGGCGGGUCGUAGACACACUCUGCAUCUGCCUUGAUGCAGCGGAUACAUGCUUUACUGGUGGUGACCCCCGGCGGACGAAGGCAUUUCAGCUUUGAGGCGUGGCAGCGGUUGCACGCCUGGCGGGUGAG